UGGCACUGAACAGCCACUCUGCCGGAAGCAAUGUAAACAUCCACGUCAGCGGGCACUGCAUAUAGAUCCAGUUACUCUCGCCAGCUAAAACCAAAGAAACCAACUACUCAAACCAACAAGUGCAUGAUACACAAGUCCGAGAUACGCUGUACAUCACCAACAUGCCAACAGAGGAUAUCAAAGACCGGCACGGCCAGAAUAUCAGGGAAGGCGACUGGGUAGCGACCCAGUUUCCUCGAGGAAGUCGGCAGGGGGAGGUCGAGGCCAUCGCCAAGGAUAAGAGCCAAGCUGAGCACGAGGGGGUUAAUCAUCCCCCGAGGGUGAGUGUUGUUUAUUCCUCGUCUGGACUUUGAUAUUGAAGGAUUGGUGUCUUAUGACUGUAGGUUAUAUUCCGUGAUCGUCAUGGACAUCGUGUUGCGAAUAACCCGAGGACGUUGGAGAAGAAAUAACCGGGAUAUAUCCUAGCUUGAUGUGUAUAUAAAUUGCAGGAUAUAUUUAGAUGUUCAAUAGACGGAAUCAUUGAACCAUCCAACAAAG